UCUGCUACCGCCUCCCACUUCACAUCUGUUCGACACAUCAAAACAAUUUAGGGGCAAACCUUAGACCCAAAAAAGAAUGACGCUUGUUGUUGCUGCGACAUCAAAUAGCCCACGUAAUGGUGUACGUGUACUUGCAACCCCCAAAACAGACCCUACACGCUGCUGCAAUGCAGUUGUUGUCUUUGCUGGCACGCUAAAACACGGAAUUAAAACUAUAAAUUGACAAAACAAAAACUAUAUUGAUUGUGCAUUAUGCGCAUAGUUUAUCCAAACAACAACAACGAACUACUGAAGAGCAACGCUGCCGUCCAUAAUUAAUUUACUCGAGAACUAGCGGAAAAGGUGCGAAAGCGUAGAAAGCAGGUGCAAUCGAUGCCACACUGUCACACAAUGGUCUAUUUACGCAUUGUGCUCACUACACUGGUGACCAUAACCUGCCUGCUGGGUGACAAUUUUGUGGAGCUCACCCAGCAUCCCUUGCUGAAGGCAUUAGCCGACAAUGCAACUCAUGCAGCAAUUGGAGCCCUAACAGGAAUUGCAUUUGCCAUGCAGUUUUAUGAGCGGACGACGCAACUUUAUGGCUGGAUAUUGAUUUUCACGUGCUUUGUCGUCUCCUCGUUUAUUGACUUGGACCACUUCAUAGAGGCGCGUUCCCUGUACCUGGAAGAUGCUACAAAUUUGACGCGUCGUCCUUUUCUGCAUUGUUCUAGCAUUAUUUUUGCCAUGUUGCUGUUUUAUAUAUGCACCGCGAGCCUGAAUUACUUUCGCAGCAGCUUAAUGUUGGGUGCUCUACUCUGUGCCUUCAUUACGCAUCAUACGAGAGACGCUGUCCGACGGGGCUAUUGGCUGUGGCCCUUCUAUGAUCACACGGAGCGUAUUCCACAGCUGGCCUACAUUAUGGGCACCAUCCUAACGCCCUAUCUGCUAGGCUAUUUGCAUAAUGUCUGUCGCAGUGCGUUGGUGUUAAAUUUCCUGGGUCAAUAUAUUAAGCUAAGCGAGACGCAUCGCAGUGGCUCACUCGGUAGCUAUCGCUAUUUGCAAGUAUAAGAUUGUGAUACUCUGAAUAAUUAUGGAAAACAAUUAGCAAACAUAUAUAUGGAUGCAACGUCUGGAACGCCACUAAACAUAGUACCCGAUCAUUUUGUUUAUGGAUACAGGGUAACGAAAUCUUCAUUCCAAAUUUGCUUUCGUCCGUUAUUCUCUUGUACACUGAGCGAACAUUGGACAUGACUCAGUCAUGAGCCCAAUGCGAUCGAGCAAGAUAGCAAGAGAGAUCGCUCUCAACUGCUCUCAGUACAUUUUUGCAUACUCUCCAUUGCGCUCUCAAAUGUAUGCAUGUAUGUGUGUGCACCCUUUCCCUUUUGAGUGCGGAGUUUUGCAAAGCUAUUGAGAGUAUUUGAGAGGGUCAGCUAAUGCGUGAUUAUUGUUGUGAAGCUAAUCAAAAACUUGACGUGUUUUAGAAAUUACUUUUUGAGCACACACGUACUCACGCACACGCACAUGCGUGCAUACAUGUACUCGUAUUUUAUUUUAUUUCUGUGUGUGUAUCUUGAUGCCCACAGAAUUGAAUAGUUGUUUGUUUGUUUUUUUCCAGAUGUCGCAUCUAUGAUUAGAGUUUUGACUACUACGAAAUGCUUUUUAGGCUUCAAGCUUAAUAUAUAUAUAUAUUUAGAUUAGCCCUAAGUGAAUUUAUGAUCUAGUGAAAGACUCAUAUACUUCCACAUUACAGGACACAAUUUUUAUUACACUUCCAUAUAAGAGAGUACACAAAGGAA